CUAGAGUACUGCAUACUGAACAACAUGACUCUGAAGCAAGAUAUGGACUGGGAUAGCCCAGGAGGUGAAUCAGGAGGAGUGAAUGGACUAGAACAGCCCAGGAGACUAUCGAGAGGAGAAGGAUUGUACUGUACUACAUCAGAGAAUACAGAGAGGAUAGACCUGCAGCUAUUUCCUGACUAUCAUCCAAGAAACAACUGCACAACCUUGGGAAGAUUUCCAGUCCCUUCACAGCAUUGCUUAACACAGAAAAGUUGGGCAGUGAAACCAUCAUCUGAAAAUUGGUCAGGUUAGGGGAGCUUUGACAUACCAUCUGAUGUGAAACUGGUCAGUGGCGUGGAGCCUUCUGUCAGAACCAACCUUUCUGAAGGUUUGGCUGUGGGUGAUUGGUCACGGUGAGGCUGGGAAGAAGUGUGAGUGAACUGCAGUGUGGUGAGAGCUUCAGUCAUUUAUCGAGCCUCAUGAACUACGGACUCAUUCCUGAAGAGAAGCUGUUCGAGUGUGAGGAGAGCUACACAGGAUUAUAAGAACCUAUAAUACACAAGGUACAUCCUUGAUCGGCCACAUGGAAGUAAAACCAUUUAAGAGUGAGGUGCAGGAUCAGGAUUUUAUACAGUCAUCAAUAAUUGUGAGAAACAAACACAUGCACACUGGGAAAGAGCCCAUCAGGUGUGAGGUGUGUAAUAAGUCCUUCUCAAAGUCAUCGGCCCUCCUUGUUCACCGGCGUAUUCACACCGGGGAGAAACCGUUCACAUGCGAGGUGUGUGACAAAUCAUUUUCGCAGUCAUCGAACCUCCGUGUGCACCAACGCAUCCAUACAGGGGAGAAACCAUUUACCUGCGAGGUAUGCAACAAAUCAUUCACACUAUCAUCAAACCUCAUGGUCCAUCAGACAAUCCACACAGGGGAGAAACCCUUCAAAUGUGAGGUUUGUGAUAAAGCUUUUGUGACAUCUACAAGGCUGCUAAGACACCAGAAGAUUCACACAGGGGAGAAACCUUUCAAAUGUGAGGUUUGUGAGAAGGCUUUCAUCCAAUCCUCCCAUCUCCUGAUGCAUCAAAGGAUUCACACAGGGGAGAAACCUUUCAAAUGUGAGGUGUGCGACCGAGCCUUUGGACAAUCAUCUCACCUCCUUCGACAUCAUAAACUCCACACCAGAGAGAAUUUCCCCAAGUGCGAAGUGCGUAAGGAGGGAUUUGGACAAUUAUUAGACCGAGUAAAACACCAACACAUUCACACUGAUGAGAAACCAUUCAUGCAUGAUGUUUGUGGCACUUCAUUUUCAGAGUCAUGGAAUCUCCAUGGACACCAAUGCAUUCACACAGGGGAGAAACCAUUCACUUGUGAGGUAUGUGAGAAAUCUUGCUUGCGGUCAUCAAAUCUCCAUGUACACCACAUGGGGGUGAAACUGUUCAUAUGCAAGAUGUGUCACAGAGCUUUUACACGGUUAUCAAACCUCCUGGUUCAUCAGACAAUCCAUGCAGGGCAGAAACUCUUCAAGUGUGAAGUUUGUGACCAAACGUUUGCGACAUCUAAAAGCCUCUUGAUACAUCAUAGAGUUCAUACAGGGGAGAAACCCUUCAUAUGUGAGAUAUGUAACAGGGACUUUGCACAAUCUUCGGCCCUGGUGAUUCACCGACGCAUUCACACAAGGGAGAGUCCAUUCACAUGUGAGGUGUGUGAGAAAUCAUUUUCAAAGUUAACAAACCUCCGCCGACACAAACAAAUCCACACAUGGAGGAAAGUGUCAAGUGUGGGGUGUGUAAUGGAGAGUUUGGAUGAUCAUUGAACGUACAGAGGAACCAUUCAAUUCAAGAUACGUGACAUUCCCAGAGUCACCAAGGCUUUCUGUACACGAGCAGAUUCACACAGAAGGAACUGUUCUCAUGCAAGAUCUAUUCUCUCCAACCUCCCACAACACAAUUGUUAUGAUGGUUAGAAAUCCGCCAGUCAAAUCAACACAUUUACACAGGAGAAACCAUUCCUGUGAAAGGUUUGUGAUAAGUCCUUCUCGCAGUCUUUCAGUAAUAAAUAGUUCAUGGUUAGGUGUUAUCCUGGCUCACCACUCUGCCUCACCAUGUUCUCGUGAAGAUGCUCACUACAAUCCUGUCAUCUGAUUCUGCACCUUUAAAUCUUCAGACUCCAUUCUUCCUCUGGAGAGGUGAUAGCCCAGUGAUACUUUGCCAGUAAUCCAGAACCCAAGGCUUAAUGUUCUCAGGGCAUGAGUUUGAAUCCCACCAUGGCAGAUGGUGAAACUUGAAUUCUAUUUUGAAAAAUCUGGAAUUAAUAACUCACCUAAUAGUGAUCAUAUAAAUAUUGUCAAUUGUCAUUAAAACCCAUCUGGUUUACUAUUGCCCUGUCGGGAAGGAAAUAUACUGUGCUUGCCUGGUCUGGCCUAUGUGUGACUCCAGACCCACAGCAAUGUGCUUGAUUCUUAACUCCCCUUUAAAAUAUCCCUAGCAAGCCACUUGGAUCAUGGGACAAUUAGGGAUCAACAAUAAAUGCCAGCCCAGCCAGCAAUCCCCACACUCCAUGAAUUAAUUUUUUUAAAAAUCAACGAGAUUUUUAAUAGUCUACGAUGAAUCAAUCCAGAGCGAAUCUGAGGACAGUUUCUGUGUCCUGGACAUUGUGCAUACUUUUUGAGUCCCAUCAAUUGUUCUCUGUCUGACUGACCAUGUUCCAAAAGCCUCUUGAUACAUCAUAGAGUUCAUACAGGGGAGAAACCCUUCAUGUGUGAGAUAUGUAACAGGGGCUUUGCACAACCUUCGGCCCUGGUGAUUCACCGACGCAUUCACACAAGGGAGAGACCAUUCACAUGUGAGGUGUGUGAGAAAUCAUUUUCAAAGUUAACAAUACUUCUCCCUUGAGGGAGGUCUCAGUCUCGGGUGACAGCACCAAUCACCCCACCAACCUCGUUACCUACAUACAGUGUACUGACAAAUCCUGCAUGGUAUCUGGAACCUUGUACUUCCAUUUCAGAAUGCUUUAUUUGUAAAUAUAUGUAAAUAUAUAUGCCGAUUUCAUUUGUAUUGUUUCAAUGGAUUGCAAUCAGGUGUUUCCUUGAUUAUGUAAUGCAGACAUGCUGUAAAUGGCCCUUCAUAAGCUAGUUUGGUCUUUUGUUAGACUGCAACAACCCUUUGUUAGACUCUGGUGGGAGUAUAUUAGAUUACACUGGUCAUUUAUUAGACUGCAGUGGUGAUUUAUUAAACUGUAAUGGCCCUAUAAUAGACUGAAAUGUCAAUUUAUUAGACUGUAAUGGACCUUUAUUAGACUGUAAGGACAAUUUAUUAGACUGCAAUGGCCCUCCAUUAGACUGUAAUUGCAACUUAUUAGGAUGUACAGUAAUAGCCCAUUACUAGACCACACUUGCCCUUUAAUAGACUGUAUUGGCCCUCUAUUAGACUGUAAUGGCCAUUUUUAAGACUAAUGGCUCUUUAUACAAGUGUCAUGGCCUUUUAAAAAAAUCUGUAUUGAUGUUUUUGUAUUUUUAUUGUGAUGCUUCUGUUGUUGUUCUAUGAAUAUAUAUAUUCAACACCAUUUAACGUGAGAAAUAAUAAUUACCUCCUCCUUAAGAAGCUUUCGGACUGCAAAUGGUGAUUUCCCUUAAGGAUGGCACACUAAUUUAUUCUCAAGAUCUUUCCCACAGUAAUGAAAGAUAUUUCAACCAUCCCCCUAAUAUAAUAAUAUAUGCAAUUAUUCCAUAAAUACUAUUGUGAACAAUAUUUACUUCCUUUGUGGAUAUAAACCUGUAAUAAACCUACUAUUUCAAAAGGGUUAUGUUUAAUAUUUGAGGUUGAUAAAUGGAAAAGACUGUUGUGUUUUCAGUAUCACAGUUUGUCGCCUAGAAUUAGACAACACUGCAAGAAAUAACGAAAUGGGGAACUUCCUGGACAUCUCAGAAACUUCAUAGUUUGUAAAAUGGAAUUCCAAGAAAUUGAAGUAAAUUGUUGGGUCAUUUUCAGCAGAUCUCAAGACUGAACAUGGACAUCAUACCAUCAGCGUUUAAUUGCUAAUGUUCUCUGAAGCAAAAUGAAGUGACUGCAGAAUUGAUAAUGUCCAGAUGAAACCUCCCAUUUUUUGUAUAUGAACUGAUUCUGCCCCAUGGCUGCGUCAAAUAAGAAGUGCUAGAGUUCCCCAGCGUCUUCUCCUAACUUUGCAGGUAUUGCCAGGCAGACCUGAGAAGGGUCAUCAUUUCUAACCAACAAGACCUCUAAGAUCCUAGUCUAGGUGACAUGGGCAAGCACAAUCUUGGUUAUCAAGCUGGUAAAAAGCAAGGUACUGACUCUGGGCAUCAAGCUGCCUUUGAUCCCCCCAGCAGUCUCAGUAAAGUUAAUCCACACAAAGUCAAACUUUUCCAGAAAGUCGCUCUUCCUCGUCCAGUCAAUUAACACCAACUCCUCCAAUUACAAUUCUGCAACCACUUGCCACUCUCAGCAGCUAGCACAAGCUGACAGAUGAGGAAAUUCUGUUUGAAACCUUUGGGCAGCUUCAUGGAAUUCUGCACAACUUUUGCUGUCUUACUUGAUCUCAGAGCCAGUGGCUCUUUUGCUAUCCAAAGUGAACAUCAAGAUUGUCUCAAGGUUGAGAGACCUCUGGCUGGGAUGGCCCAAUCCAUUCACUUGUCUCCUGGGUAAACAGAGGAACGAUGUUCCCAAUGUCUUGGGAUUACAGAACCAAGGGUCACAUUCUAAUGAUAUGGGAUAAACCAUUUAAGACUGAGAUGAGGACAUGAUUCUUCACCCAGAGGUUGUUGAAGUUCUCUGCCACAGAAAGUGCUUGAAUGCAAAACAAGGUGUUCAAGAAGGAAUUUGAUAUAGUUCUUAGGGCUAAUGGGACUAAGGGUAUGCAGGAACAGGGGACUGAGUUGGAUGAUCAGCCAUGAUUGUACUGGAUGUCAGAGAAGGCCUGAAGAGCUAAAUGGCCCACUCCUGCUCCCAUUUUUGAUGUUUCUCAUAUUUGCUAUGUAAUUCCAAGUGUGCAAAGAAUUAUGCUAGCAACCAAUUCAGGAUUAUCAUUCAGGUGAGCAGUGUGGUACAAUUGUAUGGCAUACUGGAAUCUAUUUUAAUACACAACAGCCUGAUCCUUCCAGAUAGAACAUAUACACACAUUGUGCCUGUUUCAAUGCAACAACAUAGGUGACAGUCUUUCACUGGUUCGUUUCUUAGAACAAUUCCUUGAUCAAUUAGAGUCAAUCUGACUGGUUUAACAUUUAAACAAAGCUUGGCAAUUAUCUGUUAGUCAUCAUUCACGGUGCUUUCUACCAAUCAGAGUCCAGUGGUCAACUAAUCAGCAUGCUCCUCUCAUGUAGAAAAUAUAUUGUUUUCUUGACUGAUAUUUCUUGAGAAUUGUCCUGAUGUGUGUAAGAUGAAAUGCUUUGAAAAAAUUGUUUCAGCAGUAUUCAACACAGCAGCAAUAUUUAAGGUAUCCAGGAGUUAGAAUGGAUUUUUAAUCCAGUAAUGUUUCCUGGGUGACUAUUAAGUUUACAUAAGUCAGAAAUCUCCAAAGUCUUUAAGGACAUUUUCCAAAGGAUUCUAGGAACAGGAAAUUUGAGUUUUAAUGGUUUCCUUUGUUCUAAGUCUGACUUAGACAUCUUGUCUAUGGUUGCUUUAUGUUGAUUUGACUUGUCUUUAUGGCAGAUGAAGUUGGACAUUCCAGAGAUAUGAUGUAUGAUUUUGUCGCCUGGUUAUUACUGAUGUGAACUUUCCUGAAAUUGGGGUCAACUGACAUGUGGUCAGUGAUUGCUACAUUGUCAGUCCAGCAAAAAUAUUUUUAAAAGAAAAAUAAAACAAGAAAAUAUAAUAAAGCAAAACAAGGUAAGUUCUUUCUUCCUGCCCUCUGGCAUUACACACUUUUCCUUCCUGGUUGCUUUUUCUGCUUAUCGUGUACAUUGACGAAGAUUUGAGUGUAUCUGGUUCGCAACUGGCGUAACCAUCCAACACUUGAUCUGACUGCACCAUAUCAACAUGACUGGUCCUGCUUUCCUCUGUCAAAACUAUUCAUUACUCCAGGACCAUCCUGAAGAGAAAAGCUAACCUACAAUCUCCUCCCUGAAAGCAGCCGUG